AGGGUAUCCUCCAGCAUGUCCUGCCUCAUACUACACGUAACCCUGCCUCAUACUGCUCCAAGGUGUUCCUUUUCCUCUCCUCUCCCCUGCUGUUUACCCUGGCUGAGGUCAGUCGAGGAGGUCUUGGACCAUCGCCGCACGCUGCUGGCACUGGAAGCCAGUGGGCCAGUUGCGCUGCUAGAGGAGUGGCAGCGCUGGGCAAGCUCGCCGAGGCACGCCAGGGGGCGGCUGUGGACGCUCUCGCCAGCAAGUGGCGGGCCUGGCAGCUGCGGCGGCCCCGCCGCCGCUCGGCUGCGGAGUGCGCUGUCACGGGCACAGCUGGCGCAGGCGCGCUCCCGUGUGAGAGAGGAGGCUCGCCGCAGGGCGCAGGCUCGGCGCAGCGCCGCUGAGCAGCGCACCUCGUUCCGCAGGCGCCAGCUGCUGCGAUGCCUCGUUGGCCGCGCAGAGGCGGCGCUUGCGGCUGCGGCACACGUGGCGCGCCAGAGGGCGGUCCGGCGCCCUGGGCUGCAGCCCGCUGCUGCCGCCGCGGGGCGCCCGAGGCCACAUCCCACGGCGAAGCGCCGCUGGGCCUCCGAGGCGGCGACAGGGGAGUCCAGCGUCGGCGCCGCGCGAGCGAAGCGGGCUUGUCGCCCCGAGGCGCGCGCGUCUGGGGCAA